AAACACUCAAACACACACACACAAAAUACAUUCUUUCUUUUUCCUCUCUCCCUCAUUCGCUACCCCAAAUUUUCUACCUAAACAGAUCAAAAACAAUCCCUAAAAUUUUUCCCAUUUCCCAAACACUAAUUUUCUUUCAAUUUUUCUCAUGCCAAACCCUAACAUUUUCCUUCCCUUUCCACCCUUCCAAACACCACCCGAGUAAAGCUCAAAAUUCGCUACUGCUAAUUACAAUUCUUUUUUCUUUUUUUCUGAAUUUUACGGUAUUAAUUGGUUGAUGGCGGAGGGAGGUUCGGAGAGAGGAGAGAUCACUGGAAGCUUGUUAGCUUCCAUGGACUCGACGGAAUCGCGUUGGGUCUUCCAGGAUGAGGAAGAUUCGAUGAUCGAUGAGGAUGAAGAGGAAGAAGAUUUGCGGCGACGGCCUACGACUUUGGAUUCCGAGGAUGAUGAUGAGGAAGAUAAUGCUGAGCAGAGGUUGAUUCGGACCGGUCCGCGGAUUGAUUCGUUUGACGUUGAAGCCCUCGAGGUUCCUGGAGCUCAACGCCAUGAAUACGAGGACUGCAAUUUGGGAAGGAAAAUAAUACUUGCUUUUCAGACCCUAGGUGUUGUUUUUGGUGAUGUUGGAACUAGUCCGUUGUAUACAUUUAGUGUGAUGUUUAAUAAGGCACCUAUUGAUGGAAAUGAAGAUAUUCUUGGAGCACUGUCACUAGUUCUGUAUACCUUAAUCUUAAUUCCCCUGGUCAAAUAUGUUUUGGUCGUUCUUUGGGCCAAUGAUGAUGGUGAAGGUGGUACUUUUGCUUUGUACUCGUUGAUUUGUCGGUAUGCAAAGGUGAGUCUUAUUCCAAAUCAGCUUCCAUCUGAUGCUCGUAUAUCAAGCUUCAGGCUAAAGGUGCCAUCCCCUGAACUUGAGAGAUCUCUUAAAAUCAAGGAAAGACUUGAGACUUCACUAACACUGAAAAAGCUUCUGCUGAUGUUAGUGCUUGUUGGUACUUCUAUGGUGAUUGCCAAUGGGGUUGUUACACCGGCAAUGUCAGUAGUGUCAGCUGUAGGAGGCUUAAAGGUGGGAGUAGAUGCCAUUAAUGAAGAUGAAGUGGUGAUGAUUUCAGUUGCUUUCCUGAUAAUAUUAUUCAGUGUACAGAAAUAUGGCACAAGCAAAGUUGGACUCGCUGUUGGCCCAGCCUUAUUCAUAUGGUUUUGUUCCCUUGCGGGCAUUGGAAUCUACAACCUUGUUAAAUAUGACAGCAGUGUUUUGAGGGCAUUCAAUCCUGUUCAUAUUUACUACUUUUUCAAGAGGAACUCAACAAAGGCUUGGUUUUCUCUAGGGGGUUGUCUCUUAUGUGCAACAGGUUCUGAGGCAAUGUUUGCAGACCUUUGCUACUUUUCUGUGCGAUCAGUUCAGCUUACUUUUGUGUUUCUUGUUUUACCUUGCCUAAUGUUGGGCUAUUUGGGCCAAGCUGCAUACCUUAUGAACAAUCAUGCUGGAUUUGAGCAAACUUUUUUUCAUUCAAUUCCAAGUGCUGCUUUCUGGCCCGUUUUAUUCAUUGCAAAUAUUGCUGCAUUAAUUGCCAGUCGUGCAAUGACAACCGCUACAUUCUCAUGCAUUAAACAGUCUAUGGCACUUGGUUGUUUCCCUCGUCUUAAAAUCAUUCAUACCUCCAGGAAAUUUAUGGGCCAAAUUUAUAUCCCUGUUAUAAAUUGGUUUUUGUUGGUGGUUUGCCUAGUGUCCAUCUGUACCAUCUCAAGCAUUAACGAGAUUGGAAAUGCUUAUGGAAUUGCUGAGCUGGGAGUUAUGAUGAUGACAACGAUUUUAGUAACCAUUGUUAUGCUUCUUAUAUGGCAAAUAAAUAUUAUAAUAGUGCUUAGUUUUCUUACAUUCUUCCUUGGGUUGGAAUUGAUCUUUUUCUCAUCGGUUUUGUGGAGUGUGGGAGAUGGAAGUUGGAUUAUUUUGGUCUUUGCAGUAAUUAUGUUUUUCAUAAUGUGUGUCUGGAACUAUGGAAGCAAGCUCAAAUAUGAAACUGAAGUCAAACAAAAGCUGUCAAUGGAUUUGAUGCGGGAAUUGGGUUGUAAUCUGGGGACAAUAAGGGCUCCUGGUAUUGGCUUGGUCUAUAAUGAGUUGGCGAAGGGUAUACCUGCAAUUUUUGGCCACUUUUUGACUACUCUCCCAGCAAUCCAUUCAAUGGUCAUAUUUGUUUGUAUAAAGUAUGUUCCAGUUCCUGUAGUGCCUCAAAGUGAAAGGUUCCUUUUUCGCAGAGUCUGCCCCAAAAGCUACCACAUUUUUCGUUGCAUUGCGAGGUAUGGAUACAAGGAUGUUCGUAAAGAAAAUCACCAGACGUUUGAGCAGCUGCUGAUUGAGAGCCUUGAGAAAUUCAUUCGCCGGGAAGCUCAGGAAAGGUCAUUGGAGAGCGAUGGGGAAGGAGAUACAGAUACUGAGGAUGAGUCCUCUUCCUCAAGGGUUCUUAUAGCUCCCAAUGGAAGUGUCUAUUCACUUGGUGUUCCUUUACUGGCUGAAUAUAAUAAGGAGACAAGCAGACCCAUCUCAGAAGCAAGCACUUCUGAAGAGGUGAAGCCUGAGCCUUCUACUGACCCAACAGUGUCUGAUGGUGAGCAGAGUCUUGAGAGGGAGCUGUCCUUCAUUCGCAAGGCUAGAGAAUCUGGAGUUGUUUAUCUUCUCGGUCAUGGUGAUAUAAGGGCGAGGAAGAAUUCCUGGUUUAUUAAGAAGUUAAUCAUCAAUUACUUCUAUGCUUUCUUGAGAAAGAAUUGCAGGAGGGGAAUUGCAAAUUUAAGUGUGCCCCACUCGCAUUUGAUGCAGGUUGGUAUGACAUACAUGGUUUAAAAGUGGACUUUUGGAUGAAAAUAAGGUCAUCAUAAAUUGAAGAUUAUACCGGAAUGCUACACAUGCGACAGGUUCAGUACGUAUACUCGGUUGUCAAUUGAAGUGGAGAUAAAUUGUUUAGUGGCUUGAUUUUGCCUGACCAUUCGGAUCUCUGCUGAUCAAUCGUUUUUUUCACAUAAAAGUAAGCCAAUUUGGAAAGUUUUGUGGUGUUUUUCUCUGUGAGUUGAGAUCCAUGUAUUGAUUUUUGUAAUUAACCAUGCAAAGAUAUGGAGUGUGAUUUUAUGAUUC